CACCGGAGUGGAACUCGGAGCCGACAUGCACACACGUGGAUAAUAGAGCUCAGCUAAACAGGGAUUUAACAACUUAAUAUCCAGCUGUCAGCGUCUUCCAGAAACUGAGAUGACGGGGAAAGGGAAGCAGCCACAGAAGAAGAAGAAGAAUAUGGCGGCGAACAGCAGUGACGAUGAAGACUCUGACGUGGAGAAGAACUUCGCUCUGCUCACUAAGAGAGGAGGAACUGAGGUGGGAGAGUCUUUCCACCAAGGAGAGGAAGAGUCCAGUGAUGAUGAGGAAGAAGGGCCUGCUGGUGGGACCGAUGAAGAGGAAGAAGGAGCAGAUGUUGCUGAGAAAGCAUCUGAUGGUGGUGAUGAAGAGGAAGCUGCUGAGGGGGGGGAGGAAGAGCAGGAUGAAGACAGUGAAGCCUCUGACGACGAUGAUGAUGAUGAUGAUGAGGAGGAUGAGGCUGGAGAUGAAGAUGCAGAAGAAGCUGGUGGUAGCAGUGAGAUCCAGACGAGAGAAGACAUUAAGAAAGAACUCUCCAACAUGUCCUUUGAGGAGAUCAUGAAGCUUCAGAACAAAGUGGGAACCAAAGUGUACAACGAGGUGGCGUACGGCAGCCAGAAGACGAAAGGGCCGAGCAAAAAGAAACGCCUGAACAAGAACAG